CAGUUACAAGCUCCACCAUGUUCCACGGGGAACGGGCUCCUCUUUCAACCAGUGGACGCGGUCUACUCCGCGGUAACCGCACGAGGUCAUAUGGCAGUCUUGUACAAUCCAACCUUUCUCCGGUACGACAAAGACGAAUUGAACACCAGGUUCAACCAGGAGAGACGUUGCAAGGACUCGCGUUGAAAUAUGGAGUAUCUAUGGAACAAAUCAAAAGAGCAAAUAGACUGUACACGAAUGACUCAAUAUUCAUAAAGAAGUCUCUUUCCAUACCUGUGCUGUCAGACUACAACAGUGAUGCUAAUAGUGGGGUAGAUGUGACUGAGGAUGACUCAGGCCAGGUACAGGACAGUACAAGUAAAGAAGGCUCUACUCAAAAUGGGAAGCCAGUGAACAACUCUGAAAAGACACAAGAAGGCAUAUCAGAACUUUCUCCAAUGAAUUUCUUAAAAAGGAUGGAUCGUAUGAUCAGCCAGUCCAAGCAAGCUGUGAAAAGAUGCCAAGAGGGAGAAAAACGAUUGACGUCUUUGGAAGCAGCUUGUACCAGUAAGACAACAGACCGUCGAUUUACAAGGUCAAACAGUGCCACGGUCGUCACCUCUCCCAGAAUGCAUCAGCAAGCCAUACUUGGUGCAGUGCCCCUCACCAUCACCAAAUGCACCAAGAAACUGAGAGAAAGAGAGGAUGAGAUCUUUGAGUUGUGAUUUCAUUGCCUCUGUCAGGCAGAUCGUGGGACACAUGUACUAAUGCAAGAAUCAAAGAGAUUGGCCUCCAAGCUAAUCUGCCAAUACAGAUUUAGGAGAGUUCUUAUUUUCACUGACGAGUAACCUGCUGCUCUAUGGACUUGGUAUUUGAAAGUUGGUCGUUAGCACUGUUGAUAUAAUUGUUUUUCUGGGAGGAUGAGUUUCAUUUUGACAAUACACUACUGGUCAAAAGUUUUAGAACACCUACUCAAUCAAUUGUUUUCUUUAUUUUUACUGUUUUCUCCAUUUGU